AUGCCACCUGUCCGCCACACACGCCAGUGUGCCUCCAUUCUCACACAGAAUUGCCCAGCCUGCUUUGGAGGUGUCCUUUUUGGUAGACCUCUUAGUGAAGGUGGCGACAUACAUGUUGCAACAGAUGGCAAUUUCCAUCAUCGACAUCGACGAUCUGCGGGUGACUGUCCACGCUUUCACGACCCCAUAUAUUUUCUUUCCAAGGCUCAAGUGGACAACGUUGGGCGACACAUCCUCUCGCAGCGUAAAUGUGCACCAAGGAUUUGCACUUCUUUAGUACCAGAUGAGGCAAUUGACCAAUGCGAGCACUCAUAUGAGGCCGCAGAUGUGACUUCACGUCUUCAAUUUGCAACCAUGGCUAUGCAUCCAUAUGGCCACGAGUGGGCAUGUCAGCUCGAGUAUAACCCUUGCAUGUGCAACGGUCUUGGCCUCUCAGAUGGGGAGGGAACUGAAAGACUAUGGUCAAGGUUUGUCAAAUUAAUUGGCAUUCAAAGGUCAUCAUCAUGCCAGAAGUGUCUGUGGUUGAUUGACCAGCAAGCAGGUGCCAUUGGUCUUGAGAUGCGAAUAGAUCUUGGCGAUUGGAUCAAAUGGUGGCUCAAGCAUGGAGUUAAUGGUCAAGGUGCAGCGGCACAAGAAGUUUUGGAUAAUUGUGGUAUUGAAGCUCAAGACCUUCAAGAACAUCCACGGAUGGGCUUGGCUACUGAAGAAACCUUAGACGCUCUGGAGAGCCUCCAGCGCAGCCAUGAUCAUUUGAUGAGCAAGGUUGAAACAUUAUAUCCCUCGCUCAACGUUCACGACAGAUUUUCAGAACUACAGGGCGUUGAUUUGGAUUUUAGAGCAAUAGGAAGCUUUUUUGAAUGGGACAAACUUGACCGUGUGAUUGGUGGUGCAAAUCAGGCACUUGGUACGAAGCUACAUCAGCAGACACAUAAGGCUAUCGCUAAGCGCCAGCCGGCCUUGAUGACAGCGAUUCACAAGUUUAACUCCUAUUGUGAGCAUCUGGAGAGCAUCUUUGACCCAUCCUUGGGUGUCCCGCUUCCUACUCCUCUCCCUACUAAGCUCGCUGAUCUUCGCAAAGAUCAGAUGCUGAUGGAGGAUGUUUGGAUCACUCCAUCUUGCCGCAUUGGGCAUGAAGCAGAUAACCUUUGUCGAUGGUUUGGAGCUGAGCUCACUGCGCUAGAACUCGCUCUCCGCUCUCCUACAAAUCAUACAUACGUGUUCCCACUCCAACAACGACGGGAUCACCUUCUCCAGUUACAAAGUAAAUGGGUCACCCCACUAGCAUCUGCUACUCGUUUCAACAGCAGUGCUAACAUGGCGGUCAAUCUUGCUAUUACGCUUUCCGAGAGCACGGGACCAUCGCAAGCUGUCAUGUACAGGCUUGUACCAACCUCACUGGCACUCGCAGACUCCCCCGAGGAUGAUACUGACGAACAUAUUGCCCCUGCACUCAAAGAGAUUGCUGAAGAGGCUGUCCUCUUGGACAUUUUACCUGACAAUACCGCUAGUGAUGAUGAAGACGACGAACCCGUGGGAUUACCUGAAUUUACGAUUAGCUGGCAGCUUCCAGAGAAUCUCACAUAUUGCAGUAACAUAUCUCUGUAUUAUACGAGUGAACGGACGUGCAUAAUAUCCCGUAUGAUACGGGCCAGCGGACCAUGGGCCGAAGGUAGAUAUAUCCUCGACUGUGACGGAUGGGCCGGGAGUGUUAUUAUUCCCGAUGGAGACGGGUUGGCCCAGGUGGGGAAUAUGUAA